AUGAAUCUCUUCUUCAGUAUUCUGCUUUUUACUGUGGCACUGGUUGCUGCAGCGACUUCUGGCCGAGAUGCGUCGACUUCAUUCAUUAAUGCCAUGCAUAAUGAGGUUAGAGCUUUGUCGGAUGGAGGCCUUUCGUUAUCAACCUCUCUUGUUACUGCCAAUAAUGUAGUUGUCGCAACUGCAUCAGCUGUCCUCAACUCUUCUUUGGUAUCUACUGCCGUUGAUCAAGCCUCAGCAGCUGCAUUAACAAGUGAUGGUUUCCCUCCCAUCGGUCCUGGCCAUUCAAAUAUUCACAGUAGUAGUCAUGAUUCUACAACUGUUGUUAUUUCUACUGUUACUUUGGUUCCGAUCACUUCAACCGAGGUUGCGCCCUUUUCUUCAAGUUCUUUGUCUGCAGUUGAUAGUUCAAAAGCAGCUCUUAUUUCUUCUACUGAUUUUAGUGCAUCUACAUCUCAUGAGGCUCCAUCCACUUCUGAUCUUACCCAAUCAUCGGCCGUUCAAUCAUCAACAUCUCAAUCAUUGAUAAUUCAACCGUCACCACUUCAAUCAUCUGCAGCUCCAUCAUACACAUCUGAACCAUUGGGUCAAUCAUCGACACUUCAACCAUCUACUGUUCAGUCAUCCACUGCUGAAUCAUCUAUUGUUCAGUCUUCAGCAGCUGAAACAUCGGCAGCAUUAUCGGCAGCUCAAUCAUCGGAAGCUCCAUCAUACACAGCUCAACCAUCGGUAAUUGAAUCAUCGGAGAGUGGUCAAUCAUCGGCGGCUCAAUCAUACACAGCGGAAUCUUCGGCAACUGAAUCAUCGGCAGAAAGCGGUACCAGUCAAGUAUCAGCUGCCCCAACCUUCCCAACAUUUAGCAGCAGCAAUGCUCCAUUCGCUAACAGUACCGCUUCCCUUGUUCAAUCGUCAGGUUAUUAUGGGACUGCUCCAAGCAUCGCAACCGCUCCAGUAACAUCGGCGUCUAGUCCAUCCAGCUCUUCUGUCUCUGUUAUUGUUGGAACACCACAAAGCAUUAUCUCCAAUAGUUCCCCAAGUACUCCAGCAUCAGAUUCUAUCGGUGCAACCGAAACAUCAACUACAAGCACCACUACCAUAACCUCGACCACAACUCGUACCGGCACUAUUACCACCACUAUCACCAGGUCAUCUGCGGAUAUCACUUCUCAGAGCAUUAUAGGUAAACUUCCGGUGACUGAUGCUCCAUCUGCUCCAUCUGCUCUCACCACAGAGACUUUCACUUCUGGUGGAAGUACCUGGACAACAACCGAGACCGGACCAGGAAGCACUGUCACUGCAUCUCUCAUGUUGAACCCAACAUAUUCAGCUUCUGAUAAUGCUGGUAUCGCUACAAAUAAUGCUGCAACAUCCUCUGGAGCCUGCACUUGCCCAUCACAAGUAACUGUCACCGUUACUGCAACUCCAUUUGUUGUCACUGGUGGAACACUUACAGGAACAGCGACAUCUACCGAUUCCCCCCAAGAAACUUCUGACAUUAUGAGUUCCAAUUAUCCCCAAGAAUCCUCUGUCAGCUCUAGUUCUCCUCAAAAAUCAUCUGUUAGUUCCUCAUCCGAGCGAUCAACCACAUAUGCUGCUCCACCACAAGAAGCCUGGACCACCCGCAGUGUUCCUGGAUUCAUCGGUGUCACAAUCCCAAGUGGUGGCAUGUCAUACCCUUCCGUUGGAUCCACCUCCUUCCCCGGCUCUCUAAAAUCAUCCACCACUUCCUGCACCGAAACAACUUCCACCUAUGGUUCCCACGUCCAUCCUCAUACCAAAGCCACACCCAUUCUCAGCAGUUUCUCCAAUUACUCCUCAACCAGCACUGGAAGCCUCUUAGGUACAAGUGUCGGAACCGGUGUCGGAACCGCAGUCACUCCAAUCACCACCCUACCAUCUGGCAUUCUCCCACCAGUCUCUACAUCCAAGCCACCCAUCUACAGCGGUAAUGCCGAUGUAAAUGCAGUGGGUACCGAAUCUGUCGCCCUAAUCGUCGGCUUGGUCGCUCUAGUCCUCCUGUUCUAA